AACCUGAACUUUCUUUCUCUUUAUCUCUCAGUCUCUGUCAUACAAAGUCAAAGGAAUCAUCACCUCCGUUGAUAAAAACAAGUCUUAAGGAUACCAGUCAAACAAAGCAUACUCCAUUGCCAUCUCCCUUUCGCCAUUCCUCCUCCAUCUCUUCUAGCUACAUCGUCCCCCAUGCCUACAUUUCAUCGCCAUUGAUCACCUGGCUAGGUGGCUAGCUAGCUAGAUUCUUGCUCGCAUGGCGUCUGCGGCCAUGCUCGUUCUCCUGCUCAUGGCCUCCGUUCUUAUCCAAUGGGCGCAAGCCGAGUGUGAGCCGGCGACAUGCGGGAACCUGACGGUGAAGUACCCGUUCUGGCUCGGCGCGCCCAGCCAGCCCCCGCCGGAGCCCUCGUGCGGCCCACCGGCGUUCGAGCUCUGGUGCGCCGGCAACGACACCAACACGACCUCCGCCUCCAUGCGGGGCUCCGCCGUCCACGUCCUCCGCAUCGACUACGCCGCCGGCAGCUUCGUGGCGUCCCACACCAGGGUCGCCGCGGGGGACGACGGCGUGUGCCGCACCGACUUCAACAUGUCCUCCAGCCUCGCGCUCAGCCCGUUCCGGAUCAGCGCCGCCAACCGCGCGCUGUGCUUCCUCUACCACUGCAACGGCACGGAGCCGCCGGUGGAGCCCGGGUUCGUCAACGCCACCGGCUGCGGCAGGAUCAUCUACGCGUACCUGGGAGGGAGCUACGACCGGGACACGCCGCCGCCGAUACAGGCCGGGACGUGCACGUACGCGUACCUGCCGGCGCUGGGGUCGGAGGCGGCGACGGAGACGGCGGCGGACUACGGCCGGAUGCUCAAGGAUGGUUUCUUGCUGGAGUGGGCGGGCGCCGGCAUCGCGGACUGCGACGCCUGCAUCACCAGCGGCGGGCAGUGCCGGUACAGCAACGUGUCGGCGGGGUUCGCGUGCCUCUGCGCCGGCGGGAGGCUCCUCGGCUCGACAUGCGCCGUUUUACAUGGUAUCAGAGCUCUACUAGCCACCUCCGACACCACCUCGUCGACUCUCCAAGUCUCCACGUUGCCGGCGCUGCUCAACUCUACUAGCGCCGCCAUCACCACGUCGACCCUCGGGGCGCUGUCUACCGCCUCCGUCGGCUCCAUGUUCUCCGGCUCGAGCUCUUCGUCGUUCGCUGCUGCUGAUCCGUUCCACUUCAGCCAUCUUCUACCCAUCAAGCUUGCCCAGGACAAUUACCUGCUAUGGAAGGCUCAGAUCCUCCCGCUUCUCCGCAGUCGUUACUUGAUGGGCUAUGUCGACGGGUCUUAUCCCUGUCCGCCUGAGCGGGUCUCGCGUCUCAACGCGGAAGGUCGCCCCGUCCUCGUCAUCAACCCGGAGCACAGGACCUGGGUACAGCAAGAUGCCGCCAUCCUCUCAGCCAUCGUCUCUUCCAUGACGACGAGUGUCUCCGGCCGUGUCCUCUUCGCCACCACCGCGCAGGAGGCGUGGAUGGCACUGAGCACCAGCUUUGCGUCGCAGUCUACGUCGCAGGCUAUGGCUAUUCUCACCAAGCUUGCUGAGGCCCAGAAGCUGGACAAGACCAUCACGGUGUACUUUGACGAGGUGCAAAACCUUGCAGAUACGCUGUCCUCCAUUGGCCAGCCCCUCACCACGGCCCAGUUCACUGCAUACGUCCUCAAAGGCCUUGACGCCGACUACGACAACUUGGUCGAGAACAUCAAUGGCCGGGACACGCCCAUCGCGCCUCAAGAUCUCUAUGCUCGCCUUCUUAGCACGGAACAGCGGAUCGCUGCGCGCCGAGCCCUGACCCCUGCUACAGAUUUCUCCGCCAACGCCGCGUAUCGUGGCCGCCCGUCCGGCCAGGGUUCGGGCGCUCCUGGUGCUGGCCCCUCUAGGCCGAACAACAACUCCUCCAAGCCACCAUCUGGCCCCCUUCCCUACUCCAACAACAAUCGCUCUCCUGGUGGGGGCGGUGGGGGCAACGGGGGUGGCGGACGGCGCUGGAACACCUCGGAUGGCAACCGUCCGCUCUGUCAAACUCUGCAAUGUCCUUGGCCAUGUCGCUGCUCGGUGCUUCAAGAGGUUCGAUCAAGACUUUCUCGGCAUCGGCAACGACAACAACAAUCUGCAGCGUCAAGUGUCUAUGGUCUCUCAAGGCAAGGGACACACUCAGGCUUUCAAUGUUGACACAAGCUGGUACAUGGACUCAGGAGCUACGGACCAUCUGACUGGCGAGUUGGACAAGCUCACCACGAAGGAACCCUACCAUGGCAAGGACCAUGUGCAUACCGCUAAUGGUCAAGGAUCGGGUUUCCAAGGACGUAAUCCUUAGUGGUUCGAGUAACGGUGGCCUCUACCCGGUUGGUGGUUCUUCUACCCGCCAAGCCUUCACCAGUGUCCGUGUGCCGUCCUCCCAGUGGCAUUGUCGUCUCGGUCAUCCUGCGUCUCCAGUUGUUCAGCAUAUUCUUCAUCGUCAUGAUCUCCCCAUUGAGUCUAGUUCCAAUAAAAAUACUCUCGUGUGUGAUGCGUGUCAACAGGGCAAGAGUCACCAAUUGCCUUUUUCAUUAUCUACUCAUGUAAUAAAGGUCCCUUUAGAACUUAUUUAUUCCGAUGUAUGGGGCCCUGCUCAAACUACUACUAGUGGUCAUAAUUAUUAUGUGAG